AUGUUCAAGAAGAAGCCCCAGAUCAAGAACCUCUCGCCCCUCAGAUCCUCCGAUCGCCGCAAACUCGCAGACCAAAUCAUUGCCGACUACAAAGUCCAUGUGCCUACUCUGGAAGAGAUCGAUCCCGACGCGGCGACCGCAGAGAACACUACCCCGGCCUCCUCGAUCCAUCAUCCUACUCCAGCACUCACCUCCGUCCGGACAAGCCUUGUUCCCGAGACAUGCCUCUCCGCCCGCUUCACAACCCACGCCGGGGCCAAUGCAACGUUAGUCUCGGGAACAGUGUAUGUUGGUUCACAUCCCGGCCAAGAGGAAAGAAUCUUAUGGAUCCAAUAUGGAAAAGAUGCGAGGCUGUACCCAACCGUGUACACAUUGUGGCAUAACCCAGGGAUCGUGCCCUUGCUCCAUACCCAAGAUUUCGUCGUCGAGAAACUGCGCACAGGAGCCGAUCUGAUGACGCCGGGACUUGUUGGUGGACCACCGUGGCCAGACGCUGCAAAACCGGGGUCCGUUGUUGCGGUUGCAGGCUUGAAGAAGCCGACUGUGCCUCUGUGGGUAGGCAUAUGUAAAAUCGACAUAUCGAGUUUGGGGAGGGUACAGGGAACAAAGGGCGCCGCGGUCGAGGGCGUCCACUGGGAAGGGGACGAGAUCUGGAACUGGAGCCAGUUUGGGAGUGGAGGUCGAGCCAGUCCAGAGACAAUAGACGGAUGGAUCUUUCCAGAUGGUGACAUACAGGAUGGAGUCGAAAGGUUGGAUCUAGGAGAAAGCGACGAGGAUGAUGACGUGCAAGAAGAGGGCGGUGUCACCCUCGAUGCGUCGAAAGGAGAAGCUGACAACGGGAAUCGUGAUACCAAUGGACCCGGCGAGCUCCAGGACAAUGAAGCAGAGGCGGAUGCAGAGGCAGACCGGGAACCAUCAACCGCCGAAGUCGACGAAGCAUUUGUACAAGCCUUUCUGUAUGCCCUCUAUGACGCUAAAAAGGGCGGCGACCCUCCACACCACGGGCUCGACUUUCCCAUACAACCAUCUUUUCUGAUAUCCAACAUGGUACAACCACAUCUCCGCUAUCAGAACCAGCAUUACACCAUCAAGAAGACGUCUUGGAAGAACACCAAAAAGUUUAUCAAAUACCUCGAAAAGCAGGUGCUCGUCAAAUCCAAAGAUCGCAAUGGCGGAGAGACGGUGAUCCUGGACGUCGAUUUCAACGACCACAGAGUCGUCGGCUUUCAGCCGUACAAACUACCCAAGCCCAAAAUCCAGACGGUAGCGGGCAGCUCGGACACCGCACAGUCUUCGGCCAGCGGAGGCGAUACCUCCCUUGGGCAGAAGCUCACACUCCAGACCGUCUAUCGAGCAUCCAGUAAGCUGGUGCCAGAUCUGAUCCCCUCCAAGACGACAUAUUACACGUCGUCGCAGAUCUCUUCGUUCCUCAAAAAGUACAUUGAGAAUGAACCCAAGCUGAGCGAAAAGACCUCGUCUGCGCGCUUCAUCAAACUCGACCCUUUUAUCGCGAACAACAUCCUCAGCUCGAACCCCAGCGCCGCCGACACCCGCGCGCUGGCCGCAGGGGAGAUCGCGCGCGACGCUCUCCUCAAACGCAUCCUCGAAGACACCCACCUCUGCAUCCCGCACUGGCUCCUGCUGCGCAACACACAGACCUACGACGCCGACUCGCCCGAUCCGGGACUGUCGAAGCCCAGACCGGGCCCGCCGCCCCAAGUCAGCAUCGUGAUCGAGAAACGCUCGGGGACCAAGGUCGUGACCAAGAUCUCGGGCCUCGAGGUCUUUGGCAUCAACCCGCACAUCCUGGGGCCGGAGCUGCAGAAGAAAUGCGCCGGUUCCGCCAGCGUCGGCCAGCUCGUCGGCGGCAAGCCGGGCGUCAUGGAGAUUCUCGUCCAGGGCGACCAGAGGGACGUGGUCGAGAAGGAAAUGGCCCGCAGAGGCGUGGAUCGGCGCUGGCUCAGCGUCGAGGACAAGACCAAGAAGAAGAAGAAAUAA